AUGGGAAUCCUGGCCACUGUUACUGACGCCGUUUCGGUGCAUCUGGGCGACAAGCCAAUCUGGCUCGCCGUCUCCAUCGUCGCCGCCGCGACUUUCGCCCUCGCCAUUGUCCUCAAUGUCCUCUCGCAACUGCUGCCCGUCCGUCGCAAGGGUUCCGAGCCGCCCCUCGUCUUCCACUGGGUGCCCUUCAUUGGCAGCACCAUCACCUACGGAAUUGACCCCUACAAGUUCUUCUUCAAUUGCCGCGAACAGUAUGGCGAUGUCUUCACCUUCAUCUUGCUCGGCAAGAAGACAACUGUCUGUCUCGGUACCAAGGGCAACGACUUCAUCCUGAACGGCAAGCUCAAGGAUGUCAACGCCGAAGAAAUCUACAGCCCCCUGACCACUCCCGUCUUCGGCACCGACGUCGUCUACGACUGCCCCAACUCCAAGCUCAUGGAGCAGAAGAAGUUUGUCAAGUUCGGCUUGACCACCGACGCUCUCCGCUCAUACGUAUCUGUCAUCUCCGCCGAAACAAAGGACUUCUUCUCAAACUCCAACUGGUUCAAGGGCGAUGCCGGCCAGCUCAACGUCUCCAAGGCCAUGGCCGAGUUGACAAUCUACACUGCCAGUCGUUCGCUCCAGGGCAAGGAAGUCCGCGCCAAGUUCGACAGCACCUUCGCCGACCUAUACCACGAUCUCGACAUGGGCUUCACCCCUAUCAACUUCAUGCUUCCCUGGGCCCCUCUCCCCCAAAACCGCAAGCGCGACGCUGCUCAACGCAAGAUGACCGAGACCUACAUGGAGAUUAUCAAGGCUAGACGUGACAGCGGCAAGACUGAGCCUGAAGACGGCGAGACCGACAUGAUCUGGAACCUGAUGAACUGCGAAUACAAGACUGGCCAGAUGAUUCCUGACAAGGAGAUCGCCCACAUGAUGAUUGCUCUGCUCAUGGCUGGCCAGCACAGCUCCUCCGCCUCCAUCUCAUGGAUUCUUCUCCGUUUGGCUUCUCGUCCUGACAUCGCCGAGGAAUUGCUUGCCGAACAAAAGGCCGUUCUUGGAGCCGACUUGCCCGCUUUGACCUUUGAAGAUCUCUCCCGCCUGCCUCUGCACUCUCAAGUCGUCAAGGAGACUCUGCGUCUUCACAGCCCUAUUCACAGCAUCAUGCGCGCCGUCAAGUCGCCUAUGCCCGUAGAAGGCACUCCCUACGUCAUCCCUACCACUCACGUCCUGCUCGCUGCUCCUGGCGUUACAUCCAAGUGCUCCGAGUACUUCCCCGAGCCUAGCCUCUGGGAGCCGCAUCGCUGGGAUGCCGAGGCCAGCGACAAGUACACAAGCCUCAAGCCUGUCAUGGCCGUCAACGCCGAAGACGACGAGAAGACUGAUUACGGUUAUGGCUUGGUGUCCAAGGGUGCCAGCUCACCUUAUCUUCCUUUCGGUGCUGGCAGACAUCGUUGCAUUGGCGAGCAGUUUGCCUACGUGCAGCUACAGACCAUUCUAGUGACCAUGGUGCAAUCUUUCAAAUUCCGCAACCUCGACGGUCGCAAGGGUGUUGUUGACACUGACUACUCGUCUCUGUUCUCGCGCCCAUUGUCACCGGCCUCAAUUCACUACGAGAAGAGAGUUAACGAAAAGGCAUAG